AUGUGGUCAGCUUUGGAUUGGACUGGAAUGUUAUCUUCUGGAGAAGGAGCCCCUAACGCUUCUGCCCCCUCGGACGCUCCUGGCGCCACACAUGUUCCUACGGCGCGUCCCGUCGACAAGAAUAAGAAACGAAUGUCCUCAUCGCGAACCAUUCAUGCCGAAGCAAUUGAAGUUAUUGCCGAUCCAGACAAGAUGGACAAGGCUAGCAAGAACUGGGACAGGAACUCUGAUACUGGAAGUGAAACCGACAGUGACACGGACCUUGACCGUGCCGUGGUCAAGGAGAGCAAGACCAAGAAACGUAUUUGCAUCAUCAUUGUCUUGGCCCUCCUUUUGGCUGCUUUGGUCAGUGGCUCAUUUGCUAAAAAAGCAGAAGAAGAAGAAAUGGGAAAGAGCUUGCAGGGUCUAGCAUCCACUGACUAUUCUUGUUCGGCCAAUGGAACCGUUGACUUUGAAUCGGCCGAUGUGAUUCUGAAUUUGGAAGGCAUGGAACGUGAAGCAACUGAAUCCGAACUCAAUCAAGUCCAAAAUACUGUUUCCUCUGUGUACAAUGAAGUUUCUGAUGGAUGUGAGGACUACUACCAACGUAUCAUGGCCAACGCAACCGUUAUCGAACAAGCUCUUGUUCAAGAUAGCAAGGGUGCCAAGCACUUGACAAUGGGCAUCAAGACGACUCUUGCCUGCGAUGGAUGCGCAGCAGAAGACGAAAUCCUCUUUGGCGGUGACGAUGAGGAAGAAAAGGGCGAGCGCAAGCUUCGAUCUGGUAUCCGGGGUACUGUCCCUUCUUACAAAACUCCCGCUACUACUGGACGCAAACACCGUGCCCUCAAGAGUAGCACGAAGGGUUCCAGCACGAAGGGUUCCAAGAAGAGCAGCGUCAAUUCUCAAGAAUUCAUUGAUGAGCUUGAUGCAUCUCUCCAAGCUUCUGGAAUGGGUAUCACCAAUGUGAAAGAAGGCUAUGUCUACAAGCAAAAGGCCGGAAAGAAGAAGACGGACAAGGUCAAGAUGGCCCCAACGAAGAAGAACAAGGACAAGAAAGAAGAGAAGGAUACCGAUGAAAUUUACAAGGGUGACCUCAAGCAAGAUGACAGACGUCAGAGGAGACACUAG